UGUUACUUUCACACAAUGAUAUAUUCUCAACUCAUGCAUUAUAUUAGUAGGAUUAAUACUAUUAUGAUAUACACAAACUUGAAUUCUCUACUCACAUAUUGGGCACUUGUCCCUCAUUCUGAAAAAAAUAACAUGAAUUAUAUAUUACAUAUAUAGAACCAACAUCAGUUUUAAACAUGCACACACAAUUCUACAUACUAAGAUAUUAGGGAAAAAUUAACUUCCUCAGAUAUAAAUUUCACAACACACUUUUCCCUGAGUAAAAUAAGUCAAACAUUUAGGAUCUCAACACUGAUAACCCAUUCCCUCAGCAGACACAACACCAACACCCACCCAGGAAGACACAAUGCCAACACUCACAACACUAACUGAUACACAACCAGUUAAUGUUCUGGAAGAUAGAUUAACAUCUGCACCAAAGAGAGCUAAAAAACACAUACUUUUUGAAGAUGAAGACAAGCUUGCUCUGCAUAAAGUGUCUGAACCAACACCUAAAUACAUGGAGCCAACACCUGAACAUGAAAAGCCAACACAAAUUCUCAAACACUCAAAAACAACACUUACUCCAGAACACACAGAACCAUUACCCACUCAUGGACACAAAAAACGAACACCUAUUAGUGAAGACGCAAAACCAACACCAGCACCCAAACACACAAAACCAACACUUAUUUCUGAGCACACAAAACCAACACCUAUUCCAAAACACACUACACCAGCAACACAUGAACCAGAGCCAUUCCUUUUAUUAGAUGAAGAUAGGAUGAUACCAAUUCACAAAAAAUCUGAUGAGAAAAACAAAAAAUCGGCAUCAUUUAAGGGCAGACCAUCACUGCCACUGAUGCAGGUUGAUAAAACAAAGCCAAAACACAUUGACCAAACACAAAUUGUAACAGAUGAGGAAAAAUUUAACUUAGAAUCAGAUCAGGAACAGCCACCGCCAAAAUUGUUUGAGGAAACACGCACACCAUCACCCUUUGUGGAAAAACCUACACCAUCAUCUAAAGAAAGGCAGUCACCAUCAGUUGAGCAAAUAGCAACACUAAUUAAGGAAAUACCAAUACCAGUUCAGGAUACACUAGUGACAGUGCCAGUUAGAGGAAGAACAGCACCAGAUCAAGAAACAUCAGAAAUAGCAUUAGUUCAGGAGACAUCAAAAACAACACCAGUGCAGGUGACAUCAGAAUCAACACUAAUCCAGGAAAAACCAGUGACAGAGCUAGGUAGAAGAAAAAUAACACCAGAUCAGGAGAAACCAGAAACAACACCAAUUCAGGAGACACCACAAAUAAUACUAGAUGAGGAUAGACUAGAAGUAAUACCAAUCCAGGAGACACCAGAAAUAACACCAGUUGAGGAUACACUAGACAUAAUACCAGCUAAAGAGACACCAGUUGACAAGACACCAGUAUCAACAUCAAAUAAGAAAAAACUAACACUAGAAACAACACCAGUUAGGGGAAAACCAACAGCAGUAAAAAAGACACCAUUAUCAACACCAUUUGAGGAGACACAAGAAACAAUAUCAGUCAGGGAAAAAUCAACACUAGUUGAGGAGACAGCAAAAGCAACACCAGUUCAGGAGACUCCAGUUAGGGGAAAAUCAACACCAAUUGAUGAGACACCAGUAUCAACACCAUUUUUGGGAAAACCAUCUCCAGUUGAGGAGACACCACUAGCAUUACUAUUAAGGGAGAAACCAACACCAGUUGAAGAGACACCAGCAACAACACCAGUUAAAGAAAAAACAAUACCAGGUAAAGAGACCCCAAUAUCAACACCAGUCAGGAAGCCACUAGUAUCAACAUCAGUUAGGGGAAAACCUACACCAGUUGAGGAGACACCAGUGUCAGUACCAGUUGAGGAGACACCAGUGUCAAUAUCAGUUGAGGAGACACCAGAAACAAUACCAGUUGAGGAAACACCAACAUCAGUACCAGUCAGAAAAAAGCUAACAUCAGUUGAGGAAACAUCAAUAUCAACACCAGUUAGGGAAAAACCAACACCAGUUGAGAAGACACCAACAAAACCAAUUCACCAAACUCCAGAAACAAUUUCAAUUAAAACAAAACCAACAUCAGUUAAGGAAACCCCAACAAUAACACCAGCUGAGGAGACACCAGAAACAACAACAUUUCAGGAAACACUAGAAACAACACUAGGUAAGGGAAAACCAACAUCAAAUAAGGAGACACUAGUAAAUAUGCCACUUCAGGAGAUGUUAAGUUUAUCACCAAUUAGGGAAAAAUCAACACCAGUUCAGAAAAAAACAACAAUAACACAAGUAAAGAGAAAACCAUCACCAUUUGAUGAAACACGAGUAUCAGCACAAGAUCAGAAAACAACAUUAUUUAAGGAAACACUAAUAACAACACAAGUUAAGGAAACACCAGUAUCAACAUCCGUUCAGGAAAUGACACAAGUUAAGGAGGCAACAUCAGUUGAAGAAACUCAAGGAACAACACCAGUUCAUGAGAUGCCAGGUUCACCACUAGUCAGGGAAAAACAAACACCAUUUGAGGAGACAUCACAAUCAACACUAGUUCAGGAGAUACCAGUAAUAAUAUCAGUCAGGAAAAAAUCAUCAGUUGAUGAGACACCAGUAUCAACAUCAAUUCAGGAGUCACCAGGAUCAGCACCAAUUAAGGAAAAACUAUUUCAUGUUGAGGAGACAACAGCAACAACACCAACAAUGAGAAAGCAAACAUCAGUUGAUAAGACACCAGGAGCAACACCAGAUGAUAAGAUACCAGAAAUAACACCAGUUGAGGAGACACCAGAAACAUCACCAAAGGAAAAACUAACACCAGUUGAUAAGACAACAACAACAACACCAGUCUGGGAGAAACCAACACCAGUUGAUAAGACAUCAGCAACAACACCAGUUAGGGAGACACCAGCAUCAGCACUUGUCCAGGAGACAACAGCACCAGUUAGGGAGACACUAGCAUCAACACCUGUCCAGAAAACAGCACCAGUUCAGGAGAUACUAGCAACAACACCAUUUAAUGGGAAAACAACCCAAAGACCAGUUCAGGAAAUACCAGUAGAGGAAACAUUACCAAUAACAGCAGUUAGGAGUAUGCAAGCACCAUGUGAUGAAACACCAUUUCAGGAGACACAAGUGGCAACACCACUUAUGAUAAAGUCAGCUCCAGUUGAGGAGACAUCAACAUUUACACCAGAUAUUGUGAAACCAACUCCUACACCAGUUCAGGAAACACCAGCAACACCAAUAUCAGUAGAGGAAACAUCAGCAGUAAUUCUAGUUAGAAAACCAACACCACUAUCAUCACCAGUUCAAGAGACAUCAGAAACAAUACCAAGGGGAAAACCAACACCAGUUAAAGGAAAACCAACACCAGUUGAAGAAACACCAGAAACAACAUUAGUCAUGGGAAAACCAACACCAGUUCAGGAGACACCAGAAACAACACUAUUUAGGAAAAAACAAACUCAUAGACUACUAGUUAAGGAAACACCAGUAAAGGAAACAUUAGCAAAAACACCAGUUAGGAGAAAACAAACACCAUUUGAGGAGACACCCAUUCAGGAGACACCAACAUCAAUUAUGGGAAAACCAGCACCAAUUGAGGAGACACCAACAACACCCUUUAUUGAAAAAUCAGCACCAGUUCAGGAGACACCAGUAUUACCAGUUCAAGAGACGCCACCAAUAACACUAAUUCAGGAGGCAUCAACACCAGUUAUGGGAAAACUAGCACCAGUUCAGGAGACACCAACAACACCAAUUAUUGGAAAACUAGCACUAGUUCAUGAGACACCAACAACACCAGUUCAUGAGACACCACCAACAACAAUACCAGUUCAGGAGAUACCAACAACAACACCAUUUCAGGAGACACCGACAACAACACCAGUUCAGGAGACAAUAGCAACAAUACCAGUAAUGGGAAAACCAUUAUCAGUUGAGGAGACACCAACAGUUAAGGAGAAACAAACAUCUAGGCUAGUUCAGGAAAUACCGGCAACACCAACACCAGUAGAAGAAAUAUCACCAGUAACUCAAGUUAGAAAACAAACACCAUAUGAUGAGAUACUGGUAUCAACAUCAGUUCAGGAGAUACAAGCAACAACACCAGUUAGGGGAAAGCUAACACCAGUUCAGGAGACACCAAUAUCAGCAUCUGUUAAGGACAUAACACCAGUUAGAGAGACACCUAUACAAACACCAGUUGAGGAAACACCAACAACUUCACCAGUUAUAGAGAAACCAACUCAUAGGUUAGUUGAGGAAACACCAGCAACAGCACCAGUUAAGGGAAAACUAACAACACUAGUUCAGGAGACACCAAUAUUAACACCAGUUCAAGAAGAAACAGCACCAAUGUCAAUUAGGAAAAAACAAACACCAGUUGAGGAGACACCAGAAACAACACCAAUUAGAGGAAAACCAUCACUUGAAACAGAGAAAGAUAAAAAGAGAACAAAGCCUGGAUCCAAGACAGAGAAACUCAUCCCUGAAUAUACAGAUGAAGUUGCUGAGUAUGAGCAUUGUGAGUCUUCUAAGGUUGAUGCAGAAGUUACACAGACAGAAGAGAUUAAACCACAUAUAGAUAUAAUACACACACUUUCUCUUGACAAGCCAAAGGUGAUGUCUAGGGAAACAAAGGCACUUUCAUUAAUUGAAGAGAAACCCCAAACUAGUCAAAUAGAGGAAAAACCACUAGUAGAUAAAACACACACACUUUCUCUUUACAAGUUGAAGGCAACACCUAGAGAAGUAGAGGCACUUACACUAGUUGAGGAGAAACCCAGAACAAGUAAAGUGGAAGAAAAGCUAAUAUCUGAAGCAGGGAAGGACAAGAAGAUGCCCAGACCUAAACCUAAAUCAAAACUCAAAGCACAGACACUUAUUGCAGAACACAAAGAGGAGGAAGAAGAGGAGAAUGCUCAGGUACCUCACAAUGAACACCCAGAUGGCACAAUAAAAGAGACACAAGGGACAGAAACAUUUACACUUUUAACAACUCCUAUUUGUGAUGAACCCAAACAUGAAUCCCAAAUAUCACAAGAUAAACAAACACCAGACAAAGACAACAAAGACAAGCAAACUGUAAAACUAAAAGAUUCAGAACCAUCACUAAAAUUAGACAAAGACAGACAACAACCACCAUCUCUUUUAGUUGAGGAACAAAUGGCUCCUGUUGGACAUAAACAAACACAGCUUGAGGAAACAGAACCAAAAACCAAGGGAGACAAAAAGACUCAUAAACUCAAAAGACAUACACUUUUCACAGAACACACAGAGGAGCUUACUGUUGAGAAUUUCCAGACUUCUUUUGUUGAAGAAACAGUUCAAGUUACUAAGGUAGAGGAAACAAAAGAGACAUUUGAAACAGCCAUUAGCCAUACUGUGGAUACACUCAGAUUUGAAGUACAAAAAAUACAGGAUAAACCAUUACAUUGGAAGGACAAACCAACAACAACUUUAACAGACUCACAAGCAGCACCAAAAUUAAUCAGAUUCAGGCAACCAGCAUCUCACUCACAGGAGGAAAAACCCUCUCCAGUUGAAAGCAAGAUAACACCUGCUGCCAAAGAACCAAAACAUGGUCAAAAAACAGGAGAUAAAAUUACACUUGAACCCACCACAAGGAAACAUGUCCAGGAAGAUACAAUUGAGUUUAGUGAGGUUGAACAGAAAGGCAAUGUAGUUAUACAAAGAGAAAAAAUUCAACCACAGUUAUUUAAAAAACAAGCAGUGCUCACACAUGAAUCAGUUACAGCUCCUGUAGAGACUGCCACACUAACUCCAGUUAUAGACAAAUCAACAGCAAGUGAAGCUCAGGAGAAACCAACACAAAAGACAGAGGAAGACAGACAGAUGUCCAAACCUAGGCAUAAAACAAAGACACCUGCCACAAAACAUGGAGAUGACGAUAAGGAUUCUCAUACUCUUCAUGUUAAAAUAACCAAAGAUGCAGUUAUGUAUAAAAAGGAUGCAACAGCUAUUCCUGAUAAACCAGAACUUAAAAUAUCAAUAUCAGAGGAUAAAUUAAGACCAGAAGUUGUUGAGGAGAAAUCAACAUUGCAUCCCAAACACUCAUUGAUUGAAAUGGAAGAAGAUAAAAAGACAUUAAAAUCUAAGAAAUUUAUCCCUGAAUAUACUAAGGAAAUCCUUCAGCAUGAGGUUUAUGAGUCUCCUAAAGCUGAAGAAACAGAUGCUACAAUUACACUGGUAGAAGAAACUAAACCACAGCUAGGUAAAACACACACACAUCCUCUUUACACACCAGAGACAGCACCUAAAGAAACAUCAACAUGUCCAGCACUUGAGGAGAGAUCCAAAGGUGGCCAAGUAGAAGAGAAACCAACACCAGAAACAGGGAAAGGCAAAAUGACACUCAAACCUAAAUCUAAAUCUGCCAUAGAACACACAGAGGAGAAGGAUUCUCAGACAUUAAAAUCCAAGAAAUUUAUCACUGAAUAUACUGAAAAAGUCUCUGAGCAUGAGGUUUAUGAGUCUCCUAAAACUGAGGAAACAGAUGCAACAAUUACACUGGUAGAAGAAACUAAACCACACAUAAGUAAAACACACACACAUCCUCUUUACACACCAGACACAACUCCUAAGGAAACAUCAACACCACCAUCACUUGAGGAGAAACCCAAACCUGGUCAGGUGGAGGAGAAACCAAUACCAAAAGCAGAGAAAGACAAAAAGACACUCAAACCUAAACUUGCUACAGAGCAUACAGAGGAGGAUUCUUGGACUCCUCAUGCUGAAAAAAGAGAUGUUACUUAUACCCAGGAAUUUGUGAUGCAUGAUAAACCCACACAUGAAACACAGAGACUUGAAGAAAAAACAAUACCUGAUAAAGACAAAGCAACUCAAAGAGACUCAACACCAGCAUCCAAACUCACUGAAGAUAAACAAGUAACAUCUCUUUUUGCCAAGGAAGCACAGACUCCAGUUGAAUAUAAACCAACAACACCUUCUAAAGAAUCAGAACCAACACAAAAAACAGAGGAAGAAACAAAGACAUUCAAACCUAGAUUCAUAGCCAUCAAACAUUUCACUUUUGAUAGAGAGAGGAUCACUGAAUGUGAAGUGUAUGAAAUCCCCAAGGUAGAACAUGCAAAGAUAACAGUCACACAAAUGGAAACUAAAGAACAGGCAACACACACACUAAGGGAAACACUGAUGGCAACUCUCUCACAACCAGAGACAGGACCAAAGACAGGUGAAGAGAAGGAGUUUCUUACCCCCAAACCUGAAACCAAGCCAACCCCAGUUACCAAACACAUUGAUAUUAGUAGCUUUGAACAGACAGAUACUUCACUUAGUCCUCCUCAAAUGAUAGCAUCAGUCAGAGAUAGAGAGUCAUCCCCUCUUUUAGUUCAGGAAGACAUAGCAACACCACAUCCCACAUGGUCACAACAAACACCACACAUACAGGAAUACAAAAAGAUUAUCAGAUUGAAACACAAAACUAAGCCUAAAACAAAGGAGAUUGAGUCAACACUAACACCUCAGGAUAAGUCACAAAUAACACAAACACAACCUGAAGAGACACCGAAACCAACAUGUAAACCAGCUAAAGAUAAAUCUAAAAUAGAAGAUGCCAAACCAACACUAAUACCUCAAGAUAAGUCACAGAUAACAUGUACAUCACCUAAAGAUACUCUGAAACCAACACCUAAACCAGCUAAAGGUAAACCUUACCCAACACCUGAUUCAUUCCCAGAAACAUUUACAUCAUCUCCAAAAACACAAACAUAUGAAGACACAGAUAAAUAUAAGCCUCAACCUGAAGAGAAGCAGGUACAUAUCCUAAUAGAGACAGAACCAGAGUCAGAAACAGUCACACCAGCUCCAAAAACAUAUAGGUCAGAAACACAGACACAUGAAAACACAAAAACACUUAAACCACAACCAGAAGAAAAACGGGAACAUGGUCCAGUAGAGUCAGAGCCAGAGCUAACAUGUAAGAUAGAGGAAGGCAGAGAGACAGUUACAUAUGAACAUGAACCAAAGGUAGAGAAAACUAUUGCUGAAAAUACAAAGGUCACAAAAAAAGUUUCUGGGGUUCCUGAAGAUGAGCAAGCACGUAUUAAACUUUUGCAGGAUAGAAGAUUUGAAGGACUAGAAACACAGUUAACAUUAGCUAUUAAAAAACUAAAGCCAACAUUUAUCAAGAAACCCACAUUAACACAAAGUCUAGAACAACCACAACCAACACCAGUAUUAGCCAGAUACAAACUGAAACCCAUGCGAAAGCAAAAACAAGUUGAACAAACACAGAUUGAGAGACGAACAGUUCCCAAAGAGCCCACAUCAGUAGAGACAGAAGACACGAAGAUAGUCAGAUGUGUCCCUAAGACAAGGAAAACUAUCACAAAAUACACACACGAUAGCACAGAAGAGUUGUCUUCUAAAACUUCUGAAAUUGAACACACUGGCUCUACACUUACACAUAUUGAAGAAUUAUCACCUACACUAGCACUAGAUGAGACACACUCAAUACCAACACUAACAGAACACAAAACAAAACCAACACUAAAAUCACCCAAAGAUGAACAACAAUCUACACCUCUUUCAGUUGAGAAAAAACCUACUGCAAUUGAGGAAACACCCAAAGAGACACUGCCAACACCAAAGCCAAAGAAAGACAAAGAGACAUGGAAACCCACACACAAAACUAAGCCACAAACAGAGGAAAUUUCCACUACACCCACAGAAGCUCAUAUUGUUGAAGAUAUUAAGGAGGACAAACAUGAAACACACCCAACACCCACUGAUGAAAAACCUACACCUGAAACACAACAAACACACCCAACACCUGCUGAUAAAAGGCUUACAUCUGAAACACAUGAAACAUACCCAACACUCACUGAUGAAGAACCUACUCCUAAAACACCCAAAAUGCAGCCAACACCUAUUGAUGAAGAACAUACACCUGAAACACAUACCACAUCUGCUGAUGAGGAACCUACACCUGAAAUACCUGAAACACAUGAAACAUUGCCAAAGACAGACAAACACAAAAGAUUUAGGCCAAAAAUGCAACCCAAAACAGCGGAAACUGUCCAGGAACAUCCAAAGCUCACUGAGGAGGUUUAUAGGGCCCAUGAGGAUGACCAUACAGAAGUUACACUCACACAGAUUAGAAAGACUGAAGAACAAAUACACAAAACACAACCAACUCCUAUCUGUGACAAACAAAAACCCACAACACCAACCAAAGAUGAGAUUAAACUAGUUAGAGAUGAACAAGUAACAAUACCUCUCUCACCAACAGUUAAAGACAAACCAGCACUUGUUCCAAAGACAGGCAAAGACAAAAAGACAUGCAAACCCAUAGCAAAAGACAAACCAAUGGCAGAGAAAUUGACCACAGAUGUAGAACAGGAAACACAAGAUAAGGUUUCUGAGCCAUCAUUAGCUGAAUACACUAAAGUUAUAGAUAAACUAACUGAAGACUUGACAAAGGUUCAUGAGACGCAAUCAGCACCUUCUCUAGAGGAAAAACCAACACCAACACCUCUUACACAACAGAGAGAGCUGACACCCAAGACAGGGAAAGAGGAACCUAUAUUUAAACCCAAAGGCAAACCUAAAAGUAGGAAGAGAAUCCCUGAACACACAGAGUUUCCUGAGAUUCCUAUAAUUGAAGCAACAGAUGUUACACAAGUUGAGGAAGUUACACAGGGAAUAACUGACAAACAGCUGACAAACACCCAUGACAAACCAAAACCAACACCUACAUAUAAACCAACACCAGCUCUAACAUCAGUUUCAGAGGAGCCACAACCAACACUUACUAAGGAGAAACAAAAAGUGCCAAAAUUAAUCACAGAUGAACAAAAACCAACACCAACACCAUCUCCUGAAGAGCUACAACCAACAACAGACAAACAAAAACCAACAACAACACUAGAAUCAGUCACAAAUGAACAAAAACCAACAUCAGAAUCAGUCACAGAUGAACAAAAACCAACACCAGAAUCAGUCACAGAUGAACAAAAACCAACACCAGAAUCAAUCACAGAUGAACAAAAACCAAAACCAGAAUCAGUCACAGAUAAACAAAAACCAACACCAACACCAAAAUCAGCCACAGGUGAACAAAAACCAUCACCAACACCAGAAUCAAUCACAGAUAAACAAAAAUCAACACCAACACCAGAAUCAAUCACAGAUGAACAAAAACCAACACCAACACCAGAAUCAGUCACAGAUGAACAAAAAUCAACACCAACACCAGAAUCAAUCACAGAUGAACAAAAACCAACACCAACACCAAAAUCAGUCACAGAUGACCAAAAACCAACACCAACACCAGAAUCAGUCACAGAUAAACAAAAACCAACACCAACACCAGAAACAGUCACAGUUGAACAAAGAUUACCAUCAACACCAACCAGAUAUAGACCAAAACCAACACCAGAAUCAAUCCCAGAUGAACCAAAACCAACACCAGAAUCAGUCACAGAUGAACCAAAAUCAACACCAGAAUUAGUCACAGAUGAACCAAAACUAACACCAGAAUUAGUCACAGAUGAACAAAAGGUAACACAAACACCAGAAACAAUCACAGAUGAACAAAAACUAACACCAAUACCAGCUCCAGAGGAGCCACAACCAACAACACCAACUAAAUAUAAGCUAACACUAACACCAGAGAGAACUAGAGACAAACAAAAACUAUCACCAACACCAGAAGCUAUCACAGAUGAACAAAAGUCAACACCAACACCAGCUGCUGAGGAGCCACAACCAAAAACACCAACACCAGAAACAAGUGAACAAAGACCAAUACCAGUUUCAGAGCCACAACCAACAACACCAACAAAAUAUAAACCAAAAUCAACAUCAGAAACAGUCACACAUGAACAAAAACCAACUCCCAAGAAACCACAACCAACACCACCAACCAAACAUAAACUAACACCAACAACAAUCACAGGUGAACAAAAACCAACACCAGAAUCAGUCACAAAUGAACAAAAACCAACACCAGAAUCAAUCACAAAUAAACAAAAACCAACACCAAUACCAGAAUCAGUCACAGAUGAACAAAAACCAACACCAACACCAGAAUCAGCCACAGAUGAACAAAAACCAACACCAACACCAGAAUCAGUCACAGAUGAACAAAAACCAACACCAGAAUCAAUCACAAAUAAACAAAAACCAACACCAAUACCAGAAUCAGUCACAGAUGAACAAAAACCAACACCAACACCAGAAUCAGCCACAGAUGAACAAAAACCAACACCAACACCAAAAGCAGUCACAGAUGAACAAAAACCAACACCAACACCAGAAUCAGUCACAGAUGAACAAAAACCAACAUCAACACCAGAAUCAGUCACAGAUGAACAAAAACCAACACAAACACUGGAAUCAGUCACAGAUGAACAAAAACCAACACCAGAAUCAGUCACAGACGAACAAAAACCAACACCAGAAUCAGUCACAGAUGAACAAAAACCAACACCAACACCAGAAUCAGCCACAGAUGAACAAAAACCAACACCAACACCAAAAGCAGUCACAGAUGAACAAAAACCAACACCAACACCAGAAUCAGUCACAGAUGAACAAAAACCAACAUCAACACCAGAAUCAGUCACAGAUGAACAAAAACCAACACAAACACUGGAAUCAGUCACAGAUGAACAAAAACCAACACCAGAAUCAGUCACAGACGAACAAAAACCAACACCAGAAUCAAUCACAGAUCAACAAAAAUCAACACCAGAAUUAAUCACAGAUGAACAAAAACCAACACCAACACCAGAAUCAGUCACAGAUGAACAAAAACCAACACCAGAAUCAAUCACAAAUAAACAAAAACCAACACCAAUACCAGAAUCAGUCACAGAUGAACAAAAACCAACACCAACACCAGAAUCAGUCACAGAUGAACAAAAACCAACACCAACACCAGAAUCAAUCACAUAUGAACAAAAACCAACACUAACACCAGAAUCAAUCACAGAUGAACAAAAACCAACACCAAUACCAGAAUCAAUCACAGAUGAACAAAAACCAACACCAAAAUCAAUCACAGAUGAACAAAAACCAACACCAACAGCAAAAUCAGUCACAGAUGAACAAAAACCAACACCAACACCAGAAUUAGUCAGAGACAAACAAAAACCAACACCAACACCAGCUCGUGAGGAGCCACAACUAACAACACAAACCAAAUAUAAAAAGUCAACACCUUUUUCAGCUGAUGAAAAACCAACUCCACCUGGAGUCACACCAACACAAAUACCAACUCCAGAAGACAUACAGCCACCAGUAGAAACAAAGGAAGAUACUAAAACCUCCACACCUACUCACAAACCAAAAAUAAAACCCAAAACAAAGAGAACAGUCACAAAACACACAAAAGACAUACCAGAGGAAGUAGCAUCUGAGACUCCCAAGACUAAGGAAAUAUAUGAGGAGACGGAUGUUACAGUUACACAGGGUGAAAAGAUACAUAAAGACAUUCCUGAAACACAACCAACACUUGCCCAAGAAACACUAAGAACAAGAGAACAACUAACAUCAAAACCAGUCAUAGAUGAACAAAAGCCAGAUAAUAAAACACCUGUCAAAGAAACAUCACCUGAUACAAUGCAGCUAAUCCCAACAUCUAAGUUAGAAAAAGACAAAAAGACACCCAAACCAAAACCCAAAACAAAGAAAACUACUCCUAAACAUACACAUGAGGUCAGUGAGGAGAAAGAGGAGGAAGAAGAGGUUUUUAAGUCUCCUGAAACAGAACACAUAGAAGAAACAGUUACACAGGUUGAGGCUACAAAACAAGUGACACCAACACCUAAGAAACUUACACAGGUUGAGGAAACCAAACAAGCAACACCAAUACCUAAAAAACCUACAUACGAUGAACAACAUACACCAGAACUAAUCAAAGAGGAACAAAAACCCACACCUCUUACAUCUGAGGAGGAAUCCACACCUACUCCUGAAGGAGAACAAUCAACACUUAAACAGUAUGAGCCAACACCCAAAACAGACAAAGACAAAAAGACAGUCAAGCCAAAACACAAACCCAGAACAGAGAAGACUAUUACACAGCACACAAAAGAGGUCAGUGAAAGGGAUUAUGAGGCUCCUAAGGUUGACCAGAUAGAUAUUACAGACUCACACGAGGAGGUUACUGAACAAAUAAAAGUACCAUCUUCUGACAAACCAGAACUUAAACAUGUAGAAAUACCAACACCAAAACCAGAUAGGGAUGAAGAAACACAACUAACAGUAUCAGAUGAGGAUAAACCAGUCUCUACACCUGAAGAGUUAGAACUAACGCCAGAGAUAGAGAAAAAGGAAAAGAAAACACCUAAACCUAAACACAAGCCUAAACCCAAAACAAAGAAAAUUGUUACAGGUGAAACACAACAGGAAACAAAAGAGGAGGUUCCUGAACUCACACCUACCACACCUACACCAAUUAAAGACACGGAAGACCAAAUUCCUGAAACACAGCCAACACCAACUCAUGAAACACCAAAAUCAGUACAUAUCCUUCAAGAAAAGAAUACACCAACACCAGCACCAGAACACCCAUACCCACCUCCAACACCAUCCAAAGACACACCAGAAGCAACACCAAAACCACAUGAAAAACAACCUACAUCUCUUUCAGUUGAGGAAAAACCAUUGCCUGAAGAGACAAAAACAAUAGAACCACAGACUAAGGAAGACAAACCAACACACAAACCCAAACCCAGAAUUAAUCAUAAAACAAAGCAAGGUGUCAUUGAAUAUACAGAAGACACUAUGGAGGUUUCAGAAAUUCCAGAUGUUGAACACACAGAUACUACACAUACACAAACUGAAAAAGUAGGAGAGGAAAGACCAUUAACAGAUGGGAAAGAAAUACCCAAAUCUAGUACAGUUGAGGAGAAAUACACACCUGAUGAGGAAACACCAACACCUUUUGUAGAACCAGAACCAGCACCUACACCAGACAAAGAUAAGAAGACACUGAAAUCUAAACACAGACCCAAAACAGGUAAAACAACUACACAGCAUAUAAAAGAUAAAGAUAAAACACCUACAGAACCUGAAGAAGUUAAGGAGGAAACUCGUGAAACACAACCAACACCUACCCCCCACAAACCCGAAACAUCUUCUCUGGAUGAAAAAUCUGUACCAACACAAGCUCCAGAUGAAUCACAGCCAACACCACCCAAACAUGAACAGAAGCCAACAUUAACACUAACCCAAGACAACACACAUGAGACACUCCAGCCAGUGGAAGAAACACCAUUAGCACCAAAGUUAGAACCAACACCUAAGCCACAGAAACACAAAAAGACACUCAAACCAACACAUGAACACAGACCUGAGAAAACUCAACCCUUAGAAGACAUCAUUGAGAAACUUCAUAAGACACCUAAAGAUGAACAGAAAGAUGUAAUAGUCACACAGAUCACAGAGGAGGUUCUCGAAAUACACACACCUAUAGAAGAACAAAAACCACAUCAUGUUUCAAAAAUACAACCAACACCAGUUGAGGAAACACCAACACCUACUCCCACAGAACCAUAUACAUCACCGAAAAUGAACAAAGAUAAAAAGACACCUACAUAUAAAUGCAAAACAAAACCAAAAACAAGCAAAACAGACACUGAACACACAGAGGAUGUCACUGAAAUUCCAUUGACAUCUAAGAUUGAUCAAGAAGUAACACAUACACAGGCUGAGGACACAGAAGAAAUCAUUCACUCACAUCCCACAGACCAGUCAGAGCAAACACCUAUACUACUUCCAGAUCAAGAAACACCAACACUUCUUUCAGAUGAUGACAGACCUACUCCAACUGAAACAACACCCAUAUAUGCACCAGAACAGUCUGAACCAACACCAGAAAUACAAGACAAAGAGACACCUAAAACAAAGCCAAAGACAAAAUCCAAAAAGAAAAUAGUUACAGAACACACAGAAGAAGUCACUGACAAGAUAGUUUCUGAAACCCUUAAAGAUGAAGAAAGAAGUGUUACAGAUACACAGAUUAGGGAUAUCACAGAAGACAUACAAUUAACACCUGUUCCAGAAAAACCAAAACCAGCAGAAAAACAAAUAUUUACACUAGUAAAAGAUAAACAAACACCCACACCUUCUGUUGAGGAAAAAUCAACACUAACCACAAAAGAACCACAGCCAGCACCUACAACACCGGAAGACAAAAAGACACCCAGACCAAAACCCAAACCCAAAACAAAGAAACCUGACACUAAACACACAGAGGAGUUCACUGAGGAGGAAGUUCCUGAGGCUCCUAAAGUAGAAGAAACAGACAUUACAAUAAUACAGAUUGAAGAGAUUACAGAAGAAGCAGACACACAGACAACACCUUCCCAUGAAACACCUAAACUAACACCAGCCACAGAUAAACAAAAACCUAUUCCUCUUACAGUUCAGGAAAAACACACACCUCCAAUAGAAGAAAAGCCAGCCAAAUACAAACCCAAAACAAUGAAAACACUCACAGAACACAUUAAGGAGGAAGUUUCUGAAAUUCCUGAGGAUGAAGAAACUCAAGUUACAAUUACAAACACAGAAAAAAUUAAAGAAGUAUAUGAGACACAGCCAACACCUACACCAAAAACACCAACACUAGCAGAGAAACCAAAACCAGUCAAAGAUGAACAAAAACCCACACCUCUUGCAGUUGAGCAGAAAUCCACAUCUACUCCUGUUGAGGAAAAGCCAAUGCCUGUUCCUGAACAGCCAGAACCAACACCCAAAACAGAGGAAGACAAAAAGACACUCAAACUUAAACACAAACCCAAAACAAAGAUAUCUGUUGCAAAACACACAGAAGUUUCAGAAGUCCCUAACACUGAAGAAACAGAAGUUAAAAUUACAAAAAUUGAAGAAAUUACAGAUAUAGGUGAGACACAGCCAACACCUACACCUAUGAAACCAAAAUCAAUAGAAAAACCAAAACCAGUUAAAGAUGAACAAAAACCCACACCUCAUACAGUUGAAGAGAAACCCACACCUACUCCUGUUGAGGAAAAGCCAACACCUGUUCCUGAACUGCCAGAACCUAUACCCAAAACAGAGCCUGACAAAAAGACACCAAAACUCAAACACAAACCCAAAACAAAGAAAACUGUCACAGAACACACAAAGAAGGUCACUGAGGAUGAGGUUUCUGAAACCCCUAAGGUUGAAGAUAAAGAUGUUACAGUUACACAUAUUGAAGAAAUUACAGAAAUACAUGAUACACAACCCAUACCAUCCCCUAAGAAACCAACACCAAAACCAGUCAAAGAUGAACAAAAACCCACACCUCUUACAGUUGAGGAGAAACCCACACCUACUCCUGUUGAGGAAAAACCAACACCUGUUACUGAACAGCCAGAAACAACACACAAAACGGAGGAAGAUGACAAGACACCCAGACUCAAAAGCAAACCCAAAACAAAGAAAAUGGUCACAAAACACACAGAAGAGGUCAUUGAAGAUGAGGUUUCUAAAACCCCUAAGGUUGAAGAUGAAGAUGUUACAGUUACACAUAUUGAAGAAAUUACAGAAAUACAUGAUACACAACCUAUACCAAAACAUAAGAAACCAACAUCAAAACCAGUCAAAGAUGAACAAAAACCUAUACCUCUUACAGUUGAGGAAAAACCCACACCUACUCCUGUUGAGGAAAAACCAGCACCCGUUACUGAACAGCCAGAAACAACACACAAAACAGAAGACAGAAAGACACCAAAACUCAAACACAAACCUAAAACAGAGGAAACUGUCACAGAACACACAGAGAAAGAAAUAUCUAAAAUUCCUGAGGUUAAAGAAACAGAAGUUACAAUUACAGAAACUGAAGAAAUUAAAGAGGUAUACGAGACACAGCCAACACCUACACCUAAGACACCAACACCAGUAAUGAAACCAAAACUAGUCAAAGAUGAACAAAAACCCACACCUCUUACAGUUGAGGAGAAACCCACACCUACUACUAUUGAAGAAAAGCCAACACCUAGUCCUGAACAGUCAGAACCAGUACCCAAAACAGAGGAAGACAAAAAGACACCCAAACUCAAGCACAAACCCAAAACAAAGAAAACUGUCACAGAACACACAGAGGAGGUCGCUGAGGAGGAAGUUUCUGAAACCCCUAAGGUUGAAGAAACAGACAUCACAGUCACACAGACUGAAGAAAUUAAAGAAGUACAUGAGACACAGUUAACACCUAAGAAACCAAAACCAGUAGAAAAACAUAAACCACUCAAAGAUGAAGAAAAACUCACACCUUUUACAGUUGACACAUUUACUCAUCUUAAAGAAAAACCAAAACCAGUCAGAGAUGAAAAACCCACACCUCUUACUAUUGAGGAGAAACCCACACCUACUCCUGUUAAGGAAAAGCCAACACCUGUUGUUGAACAGCCAGAAUCAACACCCAAAACAGAGUCCGACAAAAAGACACCAAAACUCAAACCCAAACCCAAAACAAAGAAACCUGUCACAGAACACACAGAGGAGGUCACUGAGGAUGACAUUUGUGAAUUCCCUAAAGUUAAAGAUAAAGAUGUUACAGUUACACAUAGUGAAGAAAUUACAAAAGUACAUGAUACACAACCUAUACCAACCCCUAAGAAACCAACACUAAAACCAGUCAAAGAUGAACAAAAACCCACACCUCUUACAGUUGAGGAGAAACCCACACCUACUCCUGUUGAGGAAAAGCUAACACCUGUUCCUGAACAACCAGAACCAACACCCAGAACAGAGGAAGACAAAAAGACACCAAAACUCAAACUCAAACCCAAAACAAAGAAACCUAUCACAGAACACACAGAGGAGGUCACUGAUGAAGAAAUUUCUAAAACUCCAAAGGUUAAGGAAGCAGAUAUUACAGUUACACAGACUGAAGAAAUUAUAGAAACACAUGAAACACCUGUUCCAGAGACACUAAAACUGGAAGAAAAACCAACACCUACUCAAACAAAACAAAAACCAGUCACAAAACCAAAACCAAAACCAGACAAAGAUGAACAAAAACCUACACCUUUUACAGUUGAGGAGAAACCCACACCUACUCCUGUAGAGGAAAAGCCAACACCAGUUCCUGAACAGCUUGAACCAACACCCAAAAUAGAGGAAGACAAAAAGACACCAAAACUCAAAUCCAAACCCAAACCGAUGAAACCUGUCACAGAACACACUAAAGAGGAAGUUUCUGAAACCCCUAUGGUUGAAGAAACAGAUGUUACAGUAACAGAGAUUGAAGAAAUUCAAGAAAUACAUGAGACACAACCAGCACAUACACCUAAGAAACCAAAACCAGACGAAAAAACAAAACCAAAACCACUCAAAGAUGAACAAAAACCCACACCUAUUACAGUUGAGGAGAAACCCACACCUACUCCUGUUGAGGAAAAAUCAACACCUGUUCCUGAACAGCCAGAACCAACACCCAAAACAAAGGAAGACAAAAAGACACCCAAACCUAAACACAAACCUAAAACAAAGAAACUUGUCACAGAACACACAGAGGAGGUCACUGAGGAGGAAGUCUCUGAAACCCCUAAGGUUGAAGAAACAGAUACCACAGUAACAGAGAUUGAAGAAAUUAUAGAAGUACUUGAAACACAACUAACAUCUAUUCCAGAGAAAACAAAACCAGAGGAAAAACGAAAACUAGUCAAAGAUGAACAAAAACCCACACCUCUUACAGUUGAGGAGAAACCCACACUUACUUCUGUUGAGGAAAUGCCAACACCUGUUCCUGAAAAGCUAGAACCAACACCCAAAACAGAGGAAGACAAAAAGACACCAAAACUCAAACACAAACCUAAAACAAAGAAACCUAUCACAGAACACACAGAGGAGAGACACAAGUUAAAGAAAUGA